GCCCUGUUGCUGAAGAAGUCGCAGCUUUCAUCUUGAAGUUGAAGAGUCUCCUGAUUACCUGCGUACAUGCUAAUUGUAGCUUUGAUCAUUGACGUUUGUUGACGUUCUCCAAACGUUCAGGCUGCAAAAGCGCUGCUUCUAUUCAUUGGAAUUACAGUUAAUACAGAUUGCUAGCUAGAAGGUACUGUACCUUGAAUCAUCUGUAGAGUAGGCUUCCAAGGACUUUCGUGCACUUGAUCCAACUGGGGCUGCGUGCGAUUGAAUUCUGCCCCCUAAGAAGCGGCCUCGCACCGCUUCUUGAUCAGUGGUGCUGUGUACCUCAAAGGAAGCCCCAAUCGCGCUCGACGACAAGCAUCGCAGAGGGGAACAAUGCCGGGCCCGGGUUGUGUCAAGGUGACCUCCGUCUCUCUUCAAGCUACGGAAAGCUUGAUUGCAGAAUUCUUCAGUUUCUCUGGCGACAUAGAGAGCGUCAGACUUUCCAAGGACACGGAGGACACUCAACAGGCGCUUGUCAUCUUCAAAGAUGCGAAGUCGGUAGAGACAGCCCUUUUGCUCACGGGUGCUGUGAUUGUUGACAAGCCGGUCGACAUAGAGGCGGUCGACCUGCCUGCGGAUUAUCCUGUGGGGAAAGCGCCGGCCGCUGCUACACCGGACAGCCACGAAGCUGGGACCAAACCUCAAUCUGAAGCGGCGGUGCGAGAAGAUGACAAGUCGCAAGGCAUCAUCUCGACAAUGCUUGCCCGUGGAUACAUACUGGCAGCGGAUACAAUGAACAAAGCGAGGGCGGUGGAUGAGAAGUACCAGGGCUCAAGCACCGUCAAGGCGAAGGCAACUGCCGUGGACACAAAGCUAGGCAUCUCCGACAAGACCACGGCAGCCUCAACGACUGUAAACAAGUCCCUCAAAAGCUUUGACGAGAAGUACAAGAUCUCAGAAACGACAAAGAGCGCGAUCGGUACCGUCGAGGCCAAGAUUAACGAUGCUGGGAAGGCCAUGAUGAAGAACAAGACCGUCGCGGGGGGGGUGGGCUGGUUCCAGAGCUCCAUGAAGAAGGUCGGGGAGGCCGCGAGCAAGGUGUCGUCAAAGACCUCGGAGAAGAUUGCCGCCUACCGGGCAAAGGAAGGAGGGGGCGCGAAGGGCGAUGAGGCGCCUGGUUUUCAUCCCACGCCCCGGCAGCAGGCUGCCCCCGCUGCUGUGCUCUUGAGCGACGCUGCGGUGGAGAGUAGGCAUUCCCCCAGUGCCGAUGCUGCAGCCAAGUCGCUAGGCUCGACGCACUUGGACGACGACGUUCCGGAGUACCCGGUUGUUCAGAAGAAUUCUUAAAGGUUCGUCGCGGACGGUAUAGCUGAUAGUUUGGUCGGUUUUUGUGAUACAUAGACACUGACAACACGACAAGUACCUCGAAGAUGAGGGACAGGACAGAAGCCUGGCAUCUUGUACAGUUAGAGGAUAAGUUAUCACGAUUGUAAAUGAUUCUCGAAUAGCCUCUGACCCGACUGAGGUGUUGGCACCUGGCUAGGAAGCCUUUCAGCAUUCAGUUGAAGUAUUAGAAUAAUCGGUCCUCGUUGAAGUGGUCGGCCCUCAAGUUAUAAUUCAAAGCUAGGUAUUCAAUGUCAAGUCACUGGCUUUGGUUGGUGCUUGCAUACAGCCUGCUUGAUGAUUGGGAGAAAUGACCUCAAAACGUAGGUGAGGAAGUCCGACCGCACCAGAUUCGGUGUCCUGCUUAGACUUAUCCCCCUAAAUAAACCGUGUUUGUUCAUGAAAACCUGUUUCCUGCAUGUAAAGCGAUG